AUAAAAACCCAAAUCCGUUUUGUGAACAAAGAAGAAUCUGCUUAAAAUCAGAUGCCCAUCAAACAAUGAAAAUAAACUCCAUGAAAAAUCACAGUUUACCAAACCACUGUUCAGGUUUACAGGAGAAGUUGGUUCAGAACAAGGGCAGAUUGUAUGUUUUCUCCACUGAUGUGAUGGACUGGAGCAGCAGCAGACGCCGUUGUCAGGAUCUGGGUGGAGAUCUGGUCGUCAUCGAUAGCACUGAAGAACAGGAAUUUCUCUCCAAAAAAGUCAAUGGUGUGCAUGACUUUCAUUGGAUCGGGCUGAGUGACAGUCAGAUGGAGGGAGUGUGGCUUUGGGUGGACAACACCACACUAAACAAUGACACCUCAUGGGACAGUCCCCCAGAUGACUGGAAAGCUGAAAAUCCUUUAGAUGGUGAAGAUUGUGUUAUAUUAAAAGAUCGUAAAUGGGGGGACGUUUCCUGCUUGAGGAAAGAGAAAAGGAUCUGUGAGAUUCAUUGCUCUUCAUCUUAAUAACGCAGAUCUAAAAGAACAAAGAUUCAUUUUAUUGCUCGCAUUUAGAUACAGUUAUCUUUCAGCUUUCAACCUGUUUUAUUUCUUGUGAAUGAGUCAUGAAGGGUCAUUGCUGGUCAUGUAUGGUGCCAUAUAAUAGUAUGUUAGUAAAUUAUAGUAGAUCGGCUGCUUUAUUUUAAUUGUUUUUAAUUUAAAUUUACGAUGUGUACUACAAGAUACAUUGAUGGCCAUGAGGAAGUAUUUUUCACUCAAUAUUGUUUUUGCAAUUAUAAUUGUGUCUGUUUUGAGUUUCUUGUGAUCAUUUGGUUAGUUUGAAUUCAAACCAACAUGACGGCUUAAAGUGUUUAUGCAAUACAGACUGCAUCAAAGCAGCUUCACAGAGUUCAACAAAAAUAUAUAUAAGAUAAACUAUUGGUGCAA